CUUUCAAAUCUACCUGUCAUAUUGUGUCGUUAUUUUGGUCACUGUGGUCACACCCUCACCGUACGUACCACACGCCUGCCCACCAGCAUCCAAUCUAUUUUUGUCAAUCAUCGACGUACCGCACAUUCUUUUUACCUCCAUCAACCUACCCCUAUGGUUGAUGUUUCCGACGAUCGACAUUUCACCAACCCGUUUGAUGCUUGGAACGAACACUUCAAGGUUGAUGAUGAGUGGAAAAGAUCGUUAUCGGAAAAAAUUCUGGGUCUGGUAAACAAGCUUAGUGAGGAGGCGUCAAAUUUGAGCAGCUCCGACAUUUCCAUGUACACGGGCUUAGCAGGAAUCGGAUUGUUCUUCCUCAAAUUAUCACGAGCUCCAGCGGCGUUUAUCGACCACGCCACCAGAGAAGAUGCUCGGAAUUUCGCCCAAAAGAUCACCCGGCGUUGCUUGCGACAUUUGGAUACGGAUCGACUUCACAAAAAUAUCAGUGUUUUCACUAGUUCGGUCGGUGCACUUUGCCUGGCUGCUAUGGACGAGUCCGACCCUGCAGCUGCCGAAAAGUACCUGGAGCAAAUCUUGGCUUGUGCUAAGUUCGCCUGCAAUCUGAAUUCUUCAAUGCCUGAUGAAGCUUUAUACGGUCGAUCGGGAUAUAUAAGUGCUCUUCUGACCUUAGGACGGGGAAAUCGACAAAUACCAGCAGAUGUUGUGGCCGGGGUCGUGGAUUCAGUUCUUCAGUCUGGUUUGCGAACCGCAAAACGCUAUCAGUCCGAUGGAAUUUAUCGGGAUUUGAUGCGCCAUUCCAAUCUCGCUAUGCCACCGCUAAUGUAUGAAUGGCAUGACAAGACCUAUCUGGGUGGAGCUCAUGGAUUCGCCGGUAUUUUGCUGACACUCAUCAAAGUUCACCAGCUCUAUCCGAACGCUCUGAGCGACAAGUCAAUGCAUGAACUCGUUCUACCCACGGUUCACUGGAUGGGAGAGCUCCAAAUGAGCUCUGGUAAUUGGCCAUCCAGUUUGGGUCGUAGCAUGGGUAAUGAUGUGUUGGUUCACUGGUGUCAUGGUGCCACUGGAGUGGUGCCGCUCAUGCUAGCCGCUUAUCAACUCACUGGAGAAAAGGUCUAUUUGACGCGCGCCAUCCGCGGUGGUGAAGCUAUUUGGGCACGUGGGCUUCUGUACAAGGGUUGUGGUUUAUGCCACGGCUCUGCUGGCAGUGGAUACGCAUUGUUGGACCUGCACCGAGUCACGAAGGAUCCAAAGUACCUUUAUAAGGCAGCCAAAUUCGCCGAAUGGUGCACCGAUUGUUUUAAGAACCGAACGAGGGUGGCUGACCGACCCUACUCCCUAUUUGAAGGCCUCGCUGGUACACUUUACUUCCUUGUGGAUAUUCUGGAGCCAUCAGAAGCCCGAUUCCCCUUGCUGUCUGCACCUCUACAAAACAGCCUGAUAAGAAACCGGUUCUUGGUGAGAUGGCUCACUGGUAAGAGCUUGAAUUUACUGACCGGAAGGUCCAUGGUUCGAACCCGACCUCUGCUACUCGACUUCUGUUGUCUAGGCUUGGGAAACCUGGCAGUAUUCCAGCCCUCGUGCACCUGUCGGGUGGCAUGGCAGCUAGGCACCGAAAGGGUGUUACAGCUGAACGAUUUUUUUCUGGAAAAAGGCUUUGUCUUGCCCUACGUUACCGUAAUUUACACCGCUGCUCGGCACCAGGUCAUCCCGUCCUUUGGUAUGCGCUUUGCACCUACAAAGUGUAAGCUCAUGCUUGUCGAUGACAUCGACAAGGUUUUCCGAAGGAAAGUGAUACUUGAAAAGCUGUGGGGUAGUUGUUUCUUCGUCCAGCAGCACCAGGUCAUCCCGUCCUUUGGUAUGUACUUUGCACCUACAAAGUGUGAGCUCAUGCAUGCUGACGUGCAGUCACUGAACACGCCACUUACAAUCCAGGGUGGGGUACUGGAUGUUGUGGAGUGUGUUACGUAUCUUGGAAGUCGUAUUAGUGCUGAUUAUUGUGUGACAGAUGAGGUGAACGCACCAAUCUGCAAGGCUCGGGCCGCGUUUGCUAGUUUGAGACACCUAUGGCGUCAGGAUGGUUUAUCUCUGAGUCUGAAGGGACGUGUGUAUCAAGCUAUAGUCCGGGCUGUUUUGUUACGGCCUAUUCGAGCAGCGGAACUGAGACGUCUUCAGGUGUUCGAUAAUCGUUGUCUCAGAACUAUAGCUCGCAUGGGUUGGCGUCAGCGAACCUGUAACGAGGCAGUUAGAAAGCGCGUUUUCGGUUGGUUGAAGAAUGUGUCGAGCACCAGAAGCUGCGUUGGUUUGGACAUGUGUUGCGUAUGCCGAACCAUCGUUUGCCGGAGAGAGCGCUGUUUUCCAUGCCCAAUUCAGAGUGAUGUAAACAGAGAGGUGGCCAACUCUUGA